UUUCCAGGUCGGCUAUGCUAUUGUUGGUUUUACCUUUUAGAGCUCUACUAUUUGACUAUCCAUUUAUAUUUGUUGUGAGAUGUUGGCUCUAUAUGAACCAUUUAAGUUAGCGGGUCCCAUUCUUAUCUUCAAACUCACAAGAAUCUUGAAUUCUGACGUGGUCCUUAUCCAUUGAGGGAGUUCAACAACUCAUAAACCAGACCAUACCUUUUUGCUCCUGACUCUCAUUAUUCUGAUCGAUCCCAUACAUCUCUAAAAGAUGGCUUCAAUGUCUUCUCUCCAGACUAUCUUUCAAGCAAAACCAAGAAGCUUUUCUUCUCAGUAUGGUGUCUGCAGUCCAUCAACAGCAUCACCAGCAGGGUCCACAGCUCUUUCUUGGAACCUAAGUGAGAAGAACAAGAAGAAGACAAGACCUCUAACUGUGGUGGCUGCGGUUGGGGAUGUAUCAGCCGAUGGAACAGCUUACUUGAUUGCUGGUGCAGCUGCUGUGGCUCUACUUGGAACUGCUUUCCCUAUCCUCUUCUCCCGAAAAGACACAUGUCCUGAGUGUGAUGGGGCAGGGUUCGUUCGAAAGUCAGGGGUAACCUUAAGAGCAAAUGCAGCAAGAAAAGAUGAGACUCAGAUUGUUUGUGCUCGUUGCAAUGGCCUUGGCAAGCUUAAUCAAAUUGAUAAAAAUUAAUUACCUUUUCUUUCAGCUCUCUCUCUUUCUACUGUAAUAUUCUUCGUAAAUUGAGAACAUCAUAUCAUUUAUUUAUAAGCUCCACUUAACAAUGAGAUUGGAACCAUGAGUCUUAUUACCUGUA